ACAUGAUGUCAACAGUAAAAUUCAACGGUUAUUCCUAAGUGAUGAUACCAAACUUAGUUUCUUGAACAGUUUGUUUUGGGACAAUUCAAGUGUAUUCAAAUUACUACUUUAUGCAUUUAUUCGACAAAUAUAUAUGUAUUUUGCUCUCAAUUUGAGUAGGUUAUGGCCGGUACUUCAUGCGAGCAUACCAUACGCUGGCCAGUGUGUUUUGCGAAGAUAAAACAUUGGAACUCCGCUAUUACGGUCUAGCGCCCCCUAUUGCUCGUCCAUUAGUAUAAAGGUCGAAGGACCGGACCGUCGACCAAGAAAUCGGCGCCAGCGUGUCGACACUCACCGAGUACUGGCACUUUGUCAAGUCAACCUAUGAAAAUCCCCGUGUGAUCGGCCGUCGGCCCAGUUGGAAGCUAGCGUUCAACCAGCCGGUCGAAGCUCUCCCUCCGACCCAUUCUUGUCUUCCUGCCCCAUCCGUGUCUUCUCCAGUCCUUCAUCCCCCGGGAAAGGUUGCAUCGGAGGUUGCCUUACGGUGAGUGACCACUGACCAGAUAUGCCGCUGUUUGGGAAGUCCACCAAGACGCCUGAGGAACUGGCCAAGAUUGCCAGCGAUGCCCUGGCUGUCAUCAACAAGACCCAGGAAGGGAAGAAGGCCGAAAAGGCGCAGGAAGAUCUUGCCAAGAGUCUGACAGGAAUGAAGAACAUACUGUACGGAGUUGGGGACCAAGAGCCCCAAGCAGAUUUGGUCAGCCAGCUGGCGCAGUCCAUCUUUAAUUGGUACCUCAUUGAGGACCUCGUCCGCAACCUCCAGCAUCUAGAUUUUGAGACCAGGAAGGAGGUGGCUCAAAUCUACAGCAACGUGCUUCGGCGCCAGAUAGGGAGCCGCUCACCAGCAGUGGAUUACAUCGUCUCCAAAAAGGACAUACUCUUCGUUCUUUGCAAAGGGUACGAGCAUCAGCAGAUCGCCUUGAACUGCGGCAUCAUGCUCCGAGAGAGCAUCCGAUAUCAGGAUCUGGCCAAGAUCAUCCUCAAAGACGAAAGGUUCUUCGCAUUCUUCAGUUACGUGGAGACGAUGACGUUUGACAUUGCCUCCGACGCCUUCUCCACAUUCAAAGAGCUGUUAACCAGACACAAGUUGCUGUCUGCAGAGUUUUUGGAAAAGGAAUACGACAGAGUGUUCUUGGAGUACCAAAAGUUGCUGAAUUCGGAAAACUACGUCACAAAGAGGCAGUCCUUGAAGCUCCUUGGAGAGCUCCUUCUGGACAGACACAACUUUACCAUCAUGACCAAGUACAUCAGCAACCCCGACAACCUGAAACUCAUGAUGAACAUGCUGCGAGACAGAAGCAGAAAUAUACAGUUUGAGGCCUUUCACGUUUUCAAGGUUUUUGUAGCCAACCCCAACAAGACGCUCCCCAUCCUCAACAUACUCAGAAAGAACAGGGACAGGCUGGUGGAGUUCCUGACCGCAUUCCACACCGACCGGACGGAGGACGAACAGUUCAACGACGAGAAGGAGUACCUCAUCAAGCAGAUCAAGGAGCUGCCGCCCAGCGAGCCCUCGUAAGAGGCCUCCCUGGGAAGGAGGGGGGGAGGAGGAAGGGGGCUAGAGGCGUGGCUUAGAUGGGACGGGAGGGGGUUUCAUAGUGUUCUCGUGGCAGAGAUCAGGGAUGAGGUGCAAACGGAAGUUGAUUAGCUUUGCUCACUGGAGCUGUAUGUAAAAAGCGGGCCGAUACCAAUUUCUUGCAGUGGAAUCUGCCCAAGUUGAAACGCAUUCAACUUUUGUGUUUUCGCAGGUGCUAUAUUUGACUGGACGUCACAAGUUCACGUCCGUGUCCGCUGCUGCACUGAGUGUGAACUGGCUCUACUUUGAACUGGGCUGAUAUUAACCUUUUACCCAAUCAUUCAAUCUUUUCAGUCAUUCCAUAGGUCUAUUGUUGAGCUGAUUUAUACAUUUUUUUUUUCACGCUUGGCUCGUUUGAUCUUGGUACACUGAGCAGGCAUCGCAGUUUGAUGCUCUGUUGCAUGGCACCUCCUGUCCAGGAUUUUCUUGCCAAAAUACUUGAAAGCUUUCAGGGUUAUUGUCUAUAUUAUCUGUUAGCCUGUGUUGACAUGGAUGCAUAAAACAGCAAAUCAACUGCAAACUGGAUGAAUGCUGGAUCUGUACUCAUCACAGAUCUCUGCCACAGCAUAAUAUCACACUUUCAGUCGUAGGUUUUUGAGGUUAACCACUUGGCGCCGGUUGACCCCAUAUGGCCCACAUUCUUCUGAUCCACACAGCCGGGCACCCUCAUGUGGGGACCGGACUGACUGCUAUGAGUCACCAUAGGCUGUAAUCCUCCAAUUGUGAGGCCAGCCUGGCCGACGAACGCUUCGCCCAGCCCGCCCAUUGUUUGUUGUUCCUGGCAGGGCUGAGGGCGAAUAAAGAAGCCGUUAUGUAACACCAUAAUAAACAUAACAAUGGCGUUUUUUUAAAGCGCCCGGCCACGUUUCAUUGCCUUCUGACUCCCAUUACAUGACAUGCGUUUCUUGGGUGUUUUUUUCCUAUAAAAGUAUGGUGAAUACGAAUAUCAAAAUCACUAAAAAGUGCGUUUAAUUCAAGGGAAUUAUUUACCCGGCGUGAAGUGGUUAAUCGUCAAUAACUAGUGUGCAGUCAUAGUCGUUUUCUUGCAAGGUGUCAGAUUUAUGUCGGGAAGAGGAGCACAGUUCCUUGUGUGCUGUUUACUGAAGCUUGUAAAUAGGUAGGAGCCUGUACAUGGUUUUGUAAAAGUUUCGUCCAAGGCCUUUCACAAAGGCGUGUUGCACAGUGCAUCUUGUUUUGCCAGCGGAACAGCUAGCGACAAGCCGUAUCCCAAGCGGUCUGUUGAAAGUCUCUCACAGCACCCCGUGCCAAACAAACUGGGCCACGUCUGUGAACUUCAAAAGGCAUAAUGAGCCCAACCUCUCUCACCAAGAAAAAUUUGAAAGAACUAUCCAUAAAGAUUGCAAGAAAAACUGUAAAGUCAGGGGAAAAAUGGAAUGUUUGCAUGAUUGGAAAUGACAAGCAAGACGAAGGAAAAAAAGCGGUUAUACUUUUAAGUUCAGAAUCUUGUCUCUGUGUUUUUUUAAUAAACCCUGUUAUUUAAAUAACUUUAACAACUACCAUGCCAAUUGUGAAACGCUUUUAAACUAUUCCCACCAAGGCCAGUACACCUGCUAAGAAAAAGAGAUAGCCCAAAUCUAAUUAGAUGUUUUUGUCCCGGGUAAUAGGAAAUAAACAUUUGAAAUUUGUCCCGGUUGUAAGGAAUUUUACUAUUUGUACAUCUGAAUUUGCUCAUACGCUGGCUAUAAGUUCAACAUUGCUUUUUGUUAUUACAUUUUUAUAUUCCUAUUGUGAAACUUGGGAGCUGAAUGUCUUCUCCCAAAUGCAAAGAGAAAUUGAAGUGGCAUUUUAAACAUCCUUGUCUUUAGAUUAUUCAUGUAUGUAAUUGAUAAUUUUCUUAAUUCACUGAUUUGAGUUGAAACAUUAAUUUUCUGUUAACCCUACAAGAGGCUGCCUUUAUUUACAGCGCAUGGUCAGUUCCAUUUGUUUCUCUGGGCGUCAAUCAGCCAAGUGGGGGAAAAAAAAAUGCAGGCCUUAGUUGUGAUUCAAACCUGCUCCAAACAGCUUUGGAGUGCAGGCCACGCUACCAUUCAGCCACUUGGGGUCAUCCAAGCUGACUGGCUCAUUCGAAUCUCUCUUUGGUAAAGACAUCCUUGUCUAACACGAUAACUUUAUUUGUUCCGAUUGUCAUAUACAGUUAAUUAAUUUAGGUCUUUCUAAUAUUGUAUAUAACUUCUGAUAUAAUGUUACUCUUCCCUUAUAAAUUAUGCAUAUUUUAUUUUUGUUUGGAAUGUUCAUUUACUUAGGGAUUUGUUUAUCAGGUUUAUUAACAAAAGCCUAGUUACCAGGUUUGUUCUCUUUUUUAAAUGAUGAAUGAAUAAACGAUGAAGUUAACCAUACUUAAAGAA